AUGUCCUUCUCGCUGUUGGAAGACUGCGAAGACUGUCUGCCGAAGUAUCUCCAACGACGCCUGGACUCAGUACCUCCGUCUACGAUCAUCUUAUCCAGCAUACCCUUCGUCCUGACAUGGAUCGUGGCAGUGGUGAUCGCGCAGCAGAGGCUGUUUCCUAUACUCAGCAACAGCGAUGCGCAACAGGAGAGGAAAGCUGGGCUACCUGUCUUCAACAAGGACACCUUCAAGCCAUCUACAUACAGUCUGAAAGAUUCAAUACGACGGCCUAGCGCACAAAGACUAGCCUCUGUGGUCUUCUCCACCAGCAUCGGGCUAUCUACAGUGCUAGUCGAGCUCCUCCUCUGCGAGAUCUCCAACACACUCAACCCAGCCGCAAGAGGUUUAGCCUUGCGAGUCACUCUCACCUCCCUUCUCGUCCUGAGCAUCCUAGUAACACCAGCCCUCGAAAUCCACGGCCUGGGCAAGACGAUUCUAGGCACGCCCACAGAGACGACAUCAACACGCAAAACCAGGCCCACCUUCCGCUUGAUUCUCCAAACCGCCCUCUUCGCCUCCUGGCUCCUGGUCUUCUGGUACAUCCCGCAAACCUCUCUCCUGCGUGCCUCCCUCCGCCCAGACGAUACAACACAGUCCUCCGACCACGCCUUCACAGAAGCCUGUCUCGAACGCGUAGGCAUCAUCGGCAUCUCCCUUAUGGCUUCCCUAGCCGGCUUCGCAGCCGUGUCUUCUCUGUGGCAAACCUUCGGAGUCCGCCAUCGCAAGAUUCGCGAAAAUGACAUUUCGCGGAAGGAGGCCGGACUGUCAGCGACGGAAGAAAUGCUCCACGCCAAACAAAGUCGUCUCCGGGCUCUACAGCGCAAAUCAUCCGAAGCCUCGCCUGCAGACCAAAAAGGUUUCAUGAACCGCAUGCUCUCCUCCGUCCGCGGUGGUGGCAGCGAAGCCCAGGAACUCAAGUCUCUCCAACUCGAAGUCUCAGGCCUGGAGACCAUGCGCUUCCAACUCCGUACUUCCCUCUCCAACCUCCGGAAUCGAUGGACAGAACAACAGCGCUCCCGCACCACCACAGGCAAAGCUCUGAACAUCUUCAACACGAUCUUCGCAGUCUACUGCGCUUACCGCAUCCUCGCCACUUCUCUCUCAAGUCUAAGGAGGUGGUGGCAGCCCACCCAUUCUUUCGCGACCAGCGAUCCGAUCAAUAAUAUCUUGGCGCUGUUGACUACGCACUGGGAUAACAAUCUCGAUCGAGCGGCGUGGUCGAGGCAGAUUUCUUUCUUGCUGAGUGGCAUCAUGUUAUUGGCGAGUUUCAAUGCUGUCCUUCAGACUUUCCGCCUCUUCUCUCGGUUUGCACCGAGCGCUCUACAACAUGCACAAACAAGCCUACCCCUCAUCAUCAGUCAAGUGGCGGGCACGUAUGUCAUUUCCUCUGCUCUGCUUCUCCGAUCUAAUUUGCCGGAGGAAGUGGGAGGUGUGAUUUCGGAGGCUUUGGGCAAGCCGCUUGAGGGUGGAUUUGUGGAGGGGUGGUUCGAGAGUUGGUUUUUGGUUGCUGUUGUGCUUACGGCGAUGGGUAUCUUGAUUGGGAGGAAGGUUGGGGAGGGGGAGGAGUGGGAUGAUGGGGGUGAGGAAGGGGGGUUGGAGAUGGUCAAGAUUUCUAAUUGA